AUGUAUAAAAAGCUGGCGGGGGAGAAGAGGCUUCUUCAACUUAAUGAGUUGGAUGAGUUUCGAUUGUCCGCCUAUGAUAGUGCUCGGAUUUACAAGGAGAAAACUAAGAAAUGGCAUGAUAAGAGGAUCCUCCCAAGAGAGUUUGCAGAGGGAGAUAAGGUGUUAUUGUUCAAUUCUAAACUCAAGCUCUUUCCCGGAAAGCUAAAGUCUAGAUGGUCUGGUCCUUUAUUGGUUACUAAUGUGAAUAAGUUCGGUUCCGUGGCAUUGAAAAAUGAGAAAGGUGAUGUUUUCAAGGUCAAUGGACAACGUUUAAAGCUUUACCAUGAAAGAAAUGUUGUUGGAAUGAUGGAAGUUAUCCACCUUCAUCCUUCUUCCUCCUAUUAA